AUGUCGUCAUCCAUCACCAUUCCGACUGUCCGAUCCUCGGCUUCACCAAGCGCCUUCCACCCGUCGUCAAAGGCUCUUGGUAGCUCCUCCAUGAGCUCUUACUCGAGCUCGCCUUCACACACUUCGCCGUCUACGAGUCCCAGUAACAAGAUGCUCCACACACGACGACCCAGUUUGUUGAGCUCCGCCAUUUCCAAGCAAGAAAGCACCGUCAUCAAUAUUGGUGACCCUGAUGGACCACCCCGUCUGAUCUCUUAUUUGUCUUCCAGUCAAGGAUUUGUUUGGAACCCAGAGAUCUUCCUCCCCUCGUACGUCGACUGCGACUACGUCCCACUCGAGAACCAGCGCGAGCCGGUCCACGAAAUCGUUCUCAGUGACGAAGAAUCCCGGAACUUGCUUCCUCAAUAA